AUGUCGAAGCUCCUCCGCCGGUUGGGCCAGGCAGGCAAGGCCUCCAAGGGCGGCCACGACCCACCCCUGCCUCCCCUCGAAGACUACGCCGCCUCGCCCCUCCUCUCCGAGCUGCCGGAGGAGUGCCGGGCGAUGGUGCGCAAGGCGGGGCUGCAGCCCGCCGAAGCCGAGCAGGACUUCAUGGUGCUCCUCUCGUGCCUCUACUUCGAACUCAAGCACAACCCGGACCUCACCGCCCACGCCCUCAUCCGAAAGCACAGGCGGUCGACCAGGAAGAACUCCCCAAACCACCACCGCCACCACAACGCGGUGACGGGCGCGGCUGAGGCGACGGAUGAGGCGACCGCUGCCGGCGAUGAUGCGUCGUCGUCACAGAUAGUUAAGUCCGAGGAGAAGAUCGAGAAGAAGAAGAAGGCCGAGAAGGUCGAGAAGAAGGAGAAGACCGAGAAGGAGAAGGUGGUGGUGGAGGAGGAGGAGGGUCAAGCCGCCCUGCCUGCCGAGGCGCCGGAAUAUGAUGUGGAGGCGACCCACAACAAGAAAAAGAAAACGAAAACGAAAACGAAGAAAAAGAGGAAGAGGAAGAGGACGAAGAAGGCGGCGGCGGCGGAGGUUGUGCAGGGGUCGACAGACGUCGUAGAGAGGGUCGACAGUGUCGUACGAACAACCGUCGAAGAAGAAGAGGAGGAGGAGGAGGGCGACGAGAGCGACGGCGGCGAACCACGCCCGAGCGCUCUACCCACAAAAGCGAAAACGAAAGCGAAGACGAAAGCGAAGACGAAGACGAAAGCGAAAACGAACGCACUCCGACAACCAGAGGUGCCGGGGGAAGUGCGUGACGAGCCGGCCGGCUCCCCUACGUCCGGCAGCAGCAGCAGCAGCCAGCAGCCCGUGGCGGCGGCGAGGGCACCACCGGCGCUGGUGGUGGCCCAGCCGCCGCAACCGGCGGAGGCGGCACCGGAAACGGCGAGGCCGGCCAUUGGCGGCGGCGGCGAGGCGCGGGGCAGGGCGCGGGGCUUUUCGUUUUCGACGUUCUUCCGCCCCUCGCCGUCGUUGUCGGCUCCGGACCUGGUCGACGAAGACGCCGCGGCCAAGCCCGCUGGUGCCUCGAAGAAGCGCUUCUCCGCCUCGGGCCUUCUCCGCCCCAGCGCCUCGCCUUCGGGCGCCCAAUCCACCGCCGCCUCCAGCUCGCCGCUGGCGCAGCCCUCACCGCCUCCGCCGGGCAAGAAGGCUGCCAAGCAGCAGCGACCACCGUCGACCGCCGCGGCCGCGGCCAGAGGCCACGAAGAGCAGGACCACCACGAUAAUAACCACGACAACGGGAGCCGCGGCGAUCGCCCGGCGGACGCCCAGGGUUUUCCGGUGCGGGAGGAGCUCUUCCUGCUCGACAACCCGGCGCCCAUCUUCUCCUCCAAGCAAAGAAUCGGCCGCGGCGGGUUCGGAGACGUGUACACGGGCAAGGACAAGACAACCAACCAAGUGGUGGCGAUCAAGAUUCUGAAGAAGCCCUACAGCGAGCACGGCGAGCAGAUCUGCAACGAGCUGGAGAUAUUGCGCUCGUGCCGGCACGACAGCAUCGUCAAUUACCUGCGCUCCUACCUCUUCAAGGACCGCGUCUGGAUGGUGAUGGAAUACUGCGACGGUGGCUCCCUGCAGUCCCUCAUCGCGGGAGUGGACCUCAACGAGGGCCAGAUCGCGAACGUGCUCCGCAAGGUGCUGUGCGGCCUCGACUACCUCCACAAGCAGAACCGAAUCCACCGCGACAUCAAGGCCGACAACAUUCUCCUCAACAUCAACGGAGCGGUCAAAGUCGCCGAUCUGGGUCUGUGUGCGGAGCUGAAGGACGGCGACGAUUCCCAUGCCGGCAUGGUCGGGUCCCGCUAUUGGAUGGCCCCCGAAGUCAUCAAACGCGAGCGCUACAAUUCCAAGGUGGACAUUUGGUCGUUGGGCGCCGUGGCCAUGGAGAUGGCCCAGCAGCAUCCGCCCUACCACGGACAACCUUCGCUCCGGGUCCUGUUCCACCUGGCCACCAAAGGCGCGCCUCCGCUCAAGCAGCCCAAGAAGUGGUCCCCCGAGUUCCAGGACUUCCUCGCCCAGGCACGCAUCUUGCACAACCCUCCAUCCACAUGCUUCAUUAUGGACCCCGACCAGCGGCCGUCGGCCGAGCAGCUGCUGGAGCAUCCGUUCAUCGCCAAGGCAUCGCCCAACUCCAAAUUGGAGCAGGCCAUAUCCAUCGUCUUCCUGGGCGAUUCCCUCAAGAUGAACGGGUUCUAA